AUGGCGGCCAGCGGCAAGUCCUUCCUGGCGGACGCGGGCUAUGGCGAACAGGAGCUGGACGCCAACUCCGCCCUCAUGGAGCUGGACAAAGGCCUCAGGUCUGGCAAGCUCGGGGAGCAGUGCGAAGCCGUCGUUCGUUUUCCGAGGCUCUUCCAGAAAUACCCGUUCCCUAUUCUCAUCAACUCGGCGUUCCUAAAACUGGCCGAUGUUUUCAGAGUGGGGAACAACUUCCUGAGGCUAUGUGUGCUGAAAGUUACUCAGCAGAGUGAGAAGCACUUAGAGAAGAUCCUGAAUGUGGAUGAAUUUGUCAAGAGAGUUUUCUCAGUCAUCCAUAGCAAUGAUCCGGUAGCUCGGGCUAUUACACUCCGGAUGCUGGGCAGCAUGGCAUCUAUCAUUCCAGAAAGGAAGAAUGCACAUCACAGUAUUCGCCAGAGUUUGGAUUCCCAUGACAAUGUGGAAGUUGAAGCUGCUAUAUUUGCUGCUGCCAACUUUUCUGCACAAUCUAAGGAUUUUGCUGUCGGAAUAUGUAACAAAAUCAGCGAAAUGAUUCAAGGUUUGGCCACACCUGUGGACCUGAAGCUGAAGUUGAUCCCAAUUCUGCAGCACAUGCACCACGAUGCCAGCCUGGCCUCCAGCUCCAGGCAGCUGCUGCAGCAGCUGGUGACAUCCUACCCCUCCACCAAGAUGGUCAUUGUCACCCUGCACACCUUCACUCUGCUUGCUGCUUCUUCUUUGGUUGACAUUCCCAAGCAGAUUCAACUUUUGCUGCAGUACUUGAAAAAUGACCCCAGGAAGGCUGUGAAGAGGCUUGCAAUCCAGGAUUUGAGGCUGCUGGCCAACAAGACACCACAUACAUGGAGCAGAGAAAAUAUUCAGGCACUCUGUGAAUCUGCUCUAAACACUCCUUAUGACAGCUUGAAAAUGGGCAUGUUAUCUGUUCUUUCCACGUUAUCAGGGACCAUUGCCAUUAAACAGUACUUCAGCAGUGCUCCAGGAGCAGCAGCUACAACUGCCAGGUCAUUUGAUUUGGUAAAACUAGCACAGGAGUGCUGUUACCAUAAUAACCGUGGCAUUGCAGCUCAUGGAGUGAGAAUUCUCACCAAUAUUUCAGCCUCUUGCCAGGAGAAAGAUCUUCUGCCUUUGGAGCAAGAUGCAGUUUUUGGCUUAGAAGCUCUUCUUGUUCUCUGUAGUCAAGAUGAUAGCCCAGGAGCUCAGGCAACCUUAAAGAUCACGCUGACCUGCAUGGUGAAGCUGGUGAAGUGCCGCCCCCACCUGAGCCAGUCCGUGGUGGAAUCCCUGCUGGCACAGCUGCACAGUGCCCAGGACAAUGCCAGGAUCCUCAUGUGCCACUGCCUGGCAGCCAUUGCCAUGCAGCUGCCUGUCCUGGCAGAUGGCAUGCUGGGAGACCUAAUGGACCUCUAUAAAUUAAUUGGACAAUCUGCCACAGAUAAAAAGCAGGAGCUCUUGGUUUCUCUUGCCACAGUGAUAUUUGUUUCCAGUCAGAAAGCUUUGUCCACAGAAAUCAAAACUGUUAUCAAACAGCAGCUUGAGAAUGCCUCCAAUGGAUGGACAGCCUACAGGAUAGCCAGGCAAGCUUCCAGGAUGGGCAACCACGACAUGGCCAGAGAGCUGUACCAGAGCCUGCUGACCCAGGUGGCUUCAGAGCACUUCUACUUCUGGCUGAACAGCCUGAAGGAGUUCUCCCAGGCUGAGCAGUGCCUGACAGGGCUGCAGGAGGAGAGCUCCAGCUCCGCGCUCUCCUGCAUCGCCGAGGCGCUCAAGUCCUACCACAAAGGGAUCGCCUCGCUCACGGCUGCUAGUACGCCACUUAAUCCUCUGAGCUUUCAGUGUGGAUUUGUGAAACUCAGGAUUGACCUUCUGCAAGCUUUUUCUCAACUUAUUUGUACCUGCAACAGCCUAAAAACAAGUCCACCCCCAGCUAUUGCCACGACCAUCGCUAUGACAUCGGGAAAUGAUCUCCAGAGGUGUGGCCGCAUCUCCAACCAGAUGAAACACUCAAUGGAGGAAUUCCGAAACUUGGCUACACGGUAUGGAGAUCUCUAUCAGUCAUCUUUUGAUGCAGACUCAGCAACUCUAAGGAAUGUAGAACUACAACAGCAGAGCUGCCUGUUGAUUUCACAUGCAAUAGAAGCUCUGAUUUUGGAUCCAGAAUCUGCAAGUUUCCAGGAAUAUAGCUCAAAUGGAACAGCUCAUGUUGAAAGUGAAUAUGAAAGAAGAAUGAUGUCUGUAUUUAAUCAUGUGCUAGAGGAAGUGGAAUCCCUCAACAGGAAGUAUGCUCCUGUGUCUUACUUGCAUACAGCUUGUCUGUGCAAUGCUGUCAUUGCCUUGUUGAAGGUGCCCCUUUCAUUUCAAAGGUACUUUUUCCAAAAGCUGCAGUCUACAAGUAUUAAGCUUGCUCUAUCCCCAUCUCCAAGGAACCCAGCAGAGCCUAUAGCAGUACAGAACAACCAGCAGCUGGCACUCAAGGUGGAGGGAGUGGUUCAGCACGGAUCCAAACCAGGCCUUUUCCGUAAAAUCCAGUCUGUCUGUCUCAAUGUCUCUUCAGUGCUGCAGAGCAAAUCUGGACAGGACUAUAAGAUUCCUCUUGACAGCAUGACCAAUGAAAUGGAGCAGAGGGUGGAACCGCACAACGACUACUUCAGCACUCAGUUCCUGCUCAACUUUGUCAUCCUUGGCACCCACAACAUCACCGUGGAGUCCUCUGUGAUAGACUCAAACGGUAUUGUCUGGAAAACUGGGCCUAAAACAACGAUUUUUGUGAAGUCUCUUGAGGAUCCAUACUCGCAGCAGGUUCGCCUGCAGCAGCAGCAGCAGCAGCAGCAGGGCCCGGCCCCGGCGCAGCAGCAGCAGCAGAGAACGGCGUACUCGCGCUUCUGAGUGCCACCCUCGCCCCAGCCUGCUCUGCUGGGACUGCAGCAGCCACCCCAGCCUGCUCUGCUGGGACUGCAGCUCUUCUGGACACUUCUUUUUUAAAGGCUUUUUUGAAGAUGUUUUUAUUGCAGCCUUCUCCUAGAAAGUCUCAGAUGCCAGUUUGUUGCUUCUUAAAUUAUCUGGAGUAAAUUCGAACUUGAUUCAGCAGAGGCAGCUGUUCAAAUCUGGAGUUGUGCUCUUACUGUAAGAACUUGUACCUGAUCUCUAACUUCUGUUUACAAACCUGUUCCAGCAGGCUCCACAAACUGCAGUGGACACUAAGCUUGUUCACUGGUACUUUCCAUGUUUUUUGAAGCACAUAGUUUCUAAUGUCAGGCUUACACGACAUUGGGAAACACUUCACUUUGGCUGGUUAUACAGAAAUGAGUGUAAUACCAAGUGUGUAUCUUUUAAUGUGAAGCAAUUGGCAGGAAUAUCCAGAGAUUCUUUUUCUGACAUUUUAAUAGUAAGUUCCAGUAUUUGGCUGGUGUAUGUAUGUUAUUAAAAUUCUUCAGCACUACUUAAUGCAUGCAGCUGGAAGAAAAAAAAUUGCAGUUCACUUGUGAUACCCAGUCACUGCAGAGGGAGGAGACUGCUAGAGGGGUUGCUGUCUGGGGAGUCUUGCAAGAGGCAGAGUUUUCCAGGUGGGAAUAAUCACUGUCUCUCAGAUGAUAUGGAAGAUAUUACCAUGUUGUUUUUAAAUUUUCAUGCAUCUGUAUCUCUGAAACCUUUUCUUUUGUAGGGGUUUUUUUAUUUGCUCUUUUUAGAGGGAAAUUAAAAUGAAUGACAGCUUGCAAGUAA